GCAAAAGCAUACAUUGUAGUAAUUUUUUUCCUUUGAUAUUUUUACAUUUGAUCCAUUUGUAUCGCCUACAUCCCAAAAAUGACCGGUCGUGUUGAGGCUACUCUCGCAAAGCUUGCCAUUAAGCUCCCGACGCCGGCAGCGUCUGUGGCAAACUACAUGCCGUUUGUUAUCUCUGCGGGGCAACUUCAUAUCUCAGGCCAACUACCCAAGGGAGAGGAUGGUAAUCUGAUCGUCGGCCAACUCGGCACUAACUUGAGUGUGGACGAGGGUCAGAGGGCCGCGCGUUUGUGCGGUAUCAGUAUCGUAUCGCAGAUAAAAGCCGCCCUUGGUGAUCUUGACCGCGUUAAGAAGGUGGUGAAGAUCAACUGUUUCGUUAACUCCUCUGGUGAAUUCACAGGGCAACCCGCCGUUGCUAAUGGUUGCUCGGAUGUUCUGGUAAACAUCUUUGGCGAGGAGGUCGGUAAGCAUGCUCGCUGUGCAGUUGGUAUGGCCCAGCUCCCUCUUGGUGCCGCUGUGGAAGUGGACGCCAUCGUGGAGUUCGACUGAGUGGUAUAUUUUGAUCAGAAAUAAGUAUUUUUUGUUAUUUUGUAUUAGUGAUUAUCGAUACUUUUUCUUUGUUUCGUAUGCGCGAAUAAUUUUGUAGAGCCUAUCGGUUAUUAGUACUUCAUUCCGGAAA